AUGCCAAUUGAUUACUCCAAGUGGGACAAAAUAGAAAUCUCCGAUGACUCGGAUGUCGAAGUUCAUCCAAACGUGGAUAAGAAAUCCUUUAUCAGAUGGAAGCAGAGGGAUAUCCAUGAAAAGCGGAUGCAACGAAACAUCGAGAUCAAAUCGAUACUUGUCCAGUUGACGAUGUAUGCCAAAUUGAACGAAAGGGUUGAGUACUUGCUUGAACAGCUAAGUCCUGAGCAAUUGUUGAACGACCAAUUAGUGUUAUCCACCUUGAAAUCAAAGUUUGAUUCGAAUGAAAAGUUUGAUUACGAAAAGUUGAUUGCAAGCAAGGGUGACACUUUGAGAAAAGGAUUACAAGAUUUGAGUUUUGACAGAGAAGAGAUUGAAAACACGCCAACUUACAAUGAAAUGAUUGAAGAUUUGUUUAUUCAAAUAAAGGAUGAUCACGCCGAUGCAAAGGCAGAUGGUGCAAAAUUGGGGGAAUAUUUGAAAGAGCACAGGGCCAAGAUCGACGAUGUCUUGAGUAAGCAGACUAUCAAAUUGGACGAUUUGUUGAACCAAAAGGCGCAGCUCAUAGUUAGUGACGACCUCCAUACUGGUUUUGAUCGAUCUUUUAUGAAUAAGGAUAAACCUGAGGAAGAAGGAGAGGAAAAGGUGACAGACAAGAAAAAAGUGGUUGAGAAAGAGAAGCCUAAUGUGGCCCAGGCAGAUCUGAAAGUAGCAACUAGUCCAACAACUGCAAAUCCUGCCAAUGUUCCAAAAGAAAGUACUAAUGAACAUGUGCAGACACAAAACGAUGGAGGAGAGAUUGAAAAGGCGUUGUUAGAUGAGCUCGAGCUCAUGCCCGAAACGGACAAGUUUGGUUCCAUUGAUCCUAAAGAUUUAUCUGCAUCGGCUGACUACUUGAUCAAGCACACCAAAAUUUGUACAGAGCAACAAAAGGAUGCUUUGAUGAUGACGGCAUUUGAUGCACAAUUGAGCGGAGACCCCUCCGCCACGAAGAGAAUUGUUCACCAAGCGUUGCUUUUACAGUAUGUUGUGCAGAUUAGGGGUAAUAAUAAAUCGAGAGAUGACACGAUUAGAGCGAUCAAGUUGUUUUUCACAAAGUUCCAAAAUGAGGAGAAAGUCCAGGGAUUUUUCAAUGAAGAGUAUACCAACACCGUUAAUCACAUCACUCAGAGAUGCAAAGUUAUUGAGCAAGAACAAGCAAACAGAGCAGCAAAUGAUGAGGAAGAGGCAUUGAUUCAAUUACGAGCUUUAGACGAAAACACUACAUUGACUGUCAAUAUCCCUGAGGAUGGCACUAAAGAGUAUGAAAUAUUUAGUUCCAAAUUACCUACGGAAUUUCAAACUGCAAUAAAAACGCAAAGUUUGGAUGAAGUGAACAAGGAGUUUGCCAAGUUGAAAGUGGAGGAGGCAGAAAAGAUUUUGGAGAUUUUCAAUGAAUGCGGGGUCAUUGGAAUCAACGGGUACUUGGAAGAUGAGCAAGAAUUUGAAGAAUUGAAGAAGGAAUACAACGAGCAGGAACACGAGGAUACCAACGAUGUAGUUGACUAG